CAGAUCACUCAGGGUGAACCCCAGAAGUCAUGCUCCAAGCCUGUAGCAGAGAAAGUCACAGAGAGCUGCCAGCAAAUUUGCCAGUGCAGGCCACCUCCACCAUUACCACCACCUCCUCCACCGCCACCACCCCCGAGGUUGCUAGUGGUGCCGACUCCCAAGUCUACCUUUUGUCCCACUGAAGAGACCUGGUGGCCAGGCCUGGUUAUUAUCAUUGCAGUAUGCUGUGCCACACUAGUGUUCCUCUUUGUAGUUGUCAUCAUUUGCUACAAAGCCAUAAAAAGGAAACCAAUGCGAAAAGAAGAGAACGGAACCAGUCGUGCUGAAUAUGCAAUGACCUCCUCCCAAAACAACAAAACAGUUGAUAACAAUGCGGUCGUAUAA